UGUUUUUCGACUUUGACAACCCCACCCAGUUUAUAACCUCUACGACAAAUCGAAUCUUGGGAUUUUUCAAUAAAUCCUGUUUGGAUUUUCAAGUCCCAGAUAGAAAUAAACUAAAAUGUCUGAGCUUCCCUACGGACCUCCAGUGCGCGUUUCGCCACUCAUCAGGUUCGGCCGUUGGUCGUUCCUCGGUGCUGGUAUCCUGUAUGGAGCCUUCCACCAGAACAGGCUCUCCAAGAAGGAAGCUAAGUUCCGUGAAGUAGAAGCCAAGGAGAAAGUUAUCAGGGACGAGAAGCUUAAGAAGGAGAAGGCGAUCGCUGCGGCUGGUAUGUUCAUAUUUACAACUACUCUGAUUGACUACUAUUGACCGCCGGUAGUACUAGAAAUAAUCACAUUUAAAU